UUGAUUUAUCUCUUUUUUUGCUCUUUUUGUACUAUAAAUGGAUAUGAUACGCUUCAGGGUCCGCAGUGAAGGAAGAUCAGGCGCGAUUUACAUCUACUCGUUGUGCAUCACUGGCAUUUGCAAAGCAACACCCGAGGUGCAACUGGAGCUACGCCUACAAGAUGUUCACUUAUGCAAUCCGUACUUGGGAGCCAGACGGGUCGCACAAUGCCAGAUGGCCCUUCAGGAAGACCACUUCAUGGGGGCGUUGGGGCGGGAGAAAAGAGAAUGUGAUGAUUGGAAGCAGCGCUACCAUCGUUUAUCUGUUCUGGAGUGACGGUACUGUUACGAUUGAAGGUAGGACGUUGGAAUAAAGCAUUGAAUAUCUGUCUGUCUCGUCGCAGCCUUUGUAUUAGUCGUAAUGAUUUUAGGUUGAGAUUCGAGUAACUUCAUGGAUAAGUAGACGGAGCGAGUUGGAGUUUGAUCAUCAGCACAACCAUGGCUAUAGCGAUAUAUAGAAAGCUGCAAUACGG